CAACCACACUUCUCGCAGGGCACUUCCUCCCUGCAGUCCGCGCCAACAGCCCUGCGGUGACAGCAGCCAGGUCCUGCAGCUACAAGCUGCAAGCUGCAAGCUACAAGCUGCAAGCUACAAGCCAGCCGCGCCACCAGGUGGAGGUUUCCUUCAACAGAAGCACACGUCCGAGUGACUGGUUGCCAUGGCAGCGACGGCGGCUCUGCUAGCGACGGUGCUGCUACACUGCGGCCUGGCCAGCAAGCAGCUGCACGUGAAGUACCAGUGGACCACGCCAGAGUUCCUGUUCACCAACGAGUCCAUGAAACAGUCGAUGAUCGACUCAGGCCGCUACAUUCCGGGCAACCCCUUCAUGCUGGAUGUGGACUCGUGGCAGCGAGGCUCCACGCGGGAGGUGUUCGUGACCACGCCUCGCUUCCUGCCGGGCACACCGGCCACUCUCUCGCUGCUGUCCCGGGCCCACGCCUCGGCCAGCCCUCUGCUGCAGCCCUUCCCCAGCUGGGCCAUGAACCGCCAGGGCGACUGCGACGCCAUGACGUCGGUCCUCAGGGUCCAGGUGGACACCUGCGGGAGACUGUGGGCGAUCGACAGCGGCGUGGUGGACCUGAUGACCGCCCCGCAGUCCCUGUGCGCGCCGCAGGUGCUGGUGUUCGACCUGCGCACCAGCAGGCUGCUGCACCGCUACCGCAUCCCCCCGGAGAACCUGAGGGAAGGCUCGCUGCUCAUCAACAUCGCCGUGGAGCUGCCUCACCGAGGGUCCUGCCGCGGCGCAGUCGCCUACCUCGCCGACGUGACGCAGCACGGCCUGGUCGUGUACGACGUCUCCCAGAGUCGCUCCUGGCGCGUCAGCAGCAGCUUCUUCCAGCCGUCGCCGCCCGCCACGCACUUCACCGUUGCCGGCGAGUCGUUCACGCUCCAGGACGGCUUGUUCGGCCUGGCCCUGGGCCCCGUCGUGCGCGGCGACCGCACCCUCUACUUCCACAGCCUGGCCAGCUACCGCGAGGUCUGGGUGCGCACCUCGCUGCUCAGGAACCAGUCGCUGUUCGCCGCCAACACCAGCGCUGCGGCGGGGCUGUUCACGCAGUCUCCGGGCGAGCGCUCCUCGCAGACUGCCGCCACGGCCAUGAGCAGGCGGGGAGUGCUGUUCUUCAGCCCGCUGGCCAACACCUCCCUGAACUGCUGGAACUCCCGUCUGCCGUACACCAGCUCCAACCUGGUGCAGCUCGUGAGGGAUGACGAGGCGCUGCAGUUCGUGAGCGGCAUGAAGAUAGUGCGGGACAGGUCUGGGCGGGAGGUGCUGUGGGCGCUCUCCUGCCGCUUCCAGAGGCUCAUGACCGGCUCCUUCGACCCCGCGGAGGUCAACUUCCGCGUGCUGACGGCGCCUGUGGCCGACCUGGUGCGGGGCACGUCUUGUGAUGGCGCAUAGAACCAGACGUUGCUGAAAAACAUGUCGACCCUAUCCAUUUUGUGACUGUACUUUAUUCUGAAGUUGAAAGGUUGUAGUCUUAGUUAAUUACUCUGUGGUUAUUAUUAUUGUAGACUGAGGUUUUAUCACUGUAGCGAUAAAUUAUUUGUGUUGGUUAGAAAAUAUACAGUCAUGUAUUAAACAGCAGUAUGUGUUAAGACUUCCAA